UGGAAGAAUGAAAGGACACGCCCAGGCAUCAUUUCAGGUUCUGACACGGCUCAGAGAGGGUUCCUGUGCAGGUCUGAUAGAAUUAUAUUUAUAAGAGACACAGCACCAGGAUGCAAGCGGCUACCGAGAUCCGUUUCACUCACAGUUAGGCCAGCCAGCGCCGCCGUGCCCCAUCUGGGAGCUGCCACUGCUGAGGGAGAACGUGCCUAUCUGCAAGAGACAUGGAUGGAGCUGGAACUGUGGGAAAAGGUGGCAGCCGAGACCAUCAGAAACACAGCGUCGGGGCUCCAGUCCGCCAUACUCAGCAUACAUCAGAGAAAGCCAACAGUAUUGUCCGUCGUCACACACUGCAGAGAAGUAAAGCAGACAUCCCCCCAAUAGACCCCGAGGUGCUGAAGGAACUGGAGAUCCAUACUCAAGAUGUGGCUCUCAAAGUAGAUCAGAUGAUGAAAAGCCUGAAUGGCACUAUCCAGAAUAUGACGGCACUAAGUGUUGGGUACAUUCAGACCUACAGAGAUUCGGUGGACAGCCUUGGAGAAUCCGUUGAUAUGAGCAUCAAGGGCAUGUAUACACUGAUGGCUCGAUGUGAAGAACUGGACAGAUCCAUGCAGCCCAUCCAUACACUUGCUAAACAAAUCCGGGAAAUUAAGCGCACUUUGGAGAUUUUCGAAUCGCUAUGUAAAUAACGUGUCAAUAAGUAACUAGCUCUAUUAUAUUUUUUUAACUCUCAUUAAAUCAUUGCUGCACUAGC